GCAUUCCUAUCUAUAUAAAUUACAAACGAUAAAACGAUGAUAACUAUGAUGAAGAUAGAUAAGAAAGCACUUGAUGUGUGAUAAGACACGAUAUUUGUAUUUGGGUUAAAGGUGUUCUACCUAAGAUUUUCGCGUUGAAAAUCAAAAAGUUGUUCGAAAUGAGUGACGAAAGUGUCCUGAUGGAGGAUCUGAAGACCUUCAAGGAGAGUUUCAGCCAAGCCAUCAAAGAUGAAAAUAUUACGGAGCAAAUUGAUAUGACCAAAAGACUCGGUAUUCUUGCUGAACACUUGGGAGAAAACAUCACAAGACAAGAGCUACUACCAUUCCUAGAAGAAAACAUGAACUUUCACGAUGAAAUACUGUUAAAUCUACCGGAACAACUGAAAAAAUUAAUACCGUUGGUUGGGGGAUACGAAAACUCCCAACCUGUGUUGGAGCUUCUCAAGAAGAUCUGCAAUAUUGACGAAUUUUUAGUUAGAGAGAAAACUUUGGAGACUUUAAAAGGAAUAGCAGAAGAAUUGAGUAAUGAGCUUGUAGAAGAGUUGCUGGUUCCGAUUUUAGAAUCGUUGGCAAAUGAGCAGUGGUUUACGAGUAAAUGUUCUGCAGUGGCUCUUUUUUCAUCAAUAUAUCCAAAAGUACAAGAGGAAAGGAAGGCUGAAUUGAGGCAUAACUUCCGCUUACUAUCUCAAGACGAGUCGCCUAUUGUGAGAAAAGAAGCAGCGUUGGGUCUCAUUGAUUUCAUUGCCUUGUUGGACAAAGAAAGCAUUAAAAAUGAAUUCAUAUCUGUUUUCGAUAACAUAUCCAAUGAUAACAUGGAUUCCGUAAAAGCGACAACUGUAAAGGUAGCUUUAGCAAUUUGUAAAAUAUUGAGUGAGAAUGAAAUUGAAGAAUCGAUUUUUAAAACGCUCGAGAGUUUUGCCGAAAGUGAAUCUUGGAAAACUCGUCACGUUCUAGCAGUAGAUAUAGCAGAAAUACAGAAGGUGAUCUACUACCACAAACUACGUGGAAGAAUACUAGCAAUGUUCCAAAAACUGAUCAAAAAUGUCGAAGACGAAGUCAGGAUUGUCGCUGUUAGAAACCUAGUACCGUAUUGUCGCUGUCUAAAAGAGUCAUACGAGAGAACCGACCAAGUUGAAAACAAUUUUGAGUCAGUUUUUAUACAAAGCCUAGUACCUCAGAUAACAAUGCUAGUAGUCGAUACUUGUACUGAUGUUAAGCUAGAACUGGCUAAAAACAUUUUAAGUUUGAGCACACUUAUUAGUAAAGAAACGUUUGUGGAGCAUAUUAUGCCACUAGUGUUGGAUAUUUUAGAUCUAGAACAAUCAGUUUCAGUCAAGGCUAAUAUUUUAGAGAACCUAAAUGACCUUCCAGCAGAUGUAGACUUUGAUCAAUCUCUCCCUUCUAUCAAGAGGGUUAUAAGAACAUUAAUCGUUUACUCUCAAUCACAUUGGAGAACAAGAAAGGGCCUGUUGGUGACAUUUAUGCAUAUAAUUAAGUUUGCUCCAAAAGAGUACUUCGCAGAAAACAUCAAACACUUCUAUGGAAGCCUUCUAGGAGAUCACGUCUUUGCUGUUAGAAGAACAGCUGCUAUAAUUCUACCUCUCAUAGUCAAACACUUUGGAAUGACAUGGACAUCAGCACAAAUAAUCCCCUACUUUAAGAUGUUUCAACGAGACACCAGAUAUUUGUAUCGGUACGUACCGAUUUUUGGCAUAAACGAGUUGAUUGAACCUUCAGUGCUUCCUGGAGAAGAAAAAGAGUAUCUCGCAAGUCUAAAGAAAGUUGAAGAUAAGAAUAAAGCAGCUAACAUGUUGUGGAUGUUAAAGUGUAUACUGAAGAAGCUUGAAAGUCUCUUGGAGGAAAAGACUUUCCAAGAUAUCUUGUCAUUGAAUAAAAGCAUAGAUGAUUUUAAGACAGAUAAUAUUUCUUUGUAUGCAGGGGAAACCUUAAAUUCUUUAAGAUCGCACUACAGCGAAAACAUAUUUAGUUAUGACGGAACCAAAGCUGAAAACUCUAACGAUUGGUACCUCACAGGAGUCCUUUUUUUCAUAUACAGAGAAUGUUUAGGAUUACUAUUGACUCUUUUCGACGAUAGAAUAGUAAACGUACAAAUCAGAUCAAUCUUUACUAUAAACAAAAUUAAAGUGUUUGUGGAUAAGCUUCUCGCAGAAAUAAAAGAGCCUUGGGUAGAAGAAACAUUGCAGGUUUUGAAGCAAGAGGAGCUGGAUCGAAUUGAAGAAGAACUUAAUGCUGAACUAGUCGAAAAAUCAGAGGAAUUAGAUGAAGAGAACAUUAAUACGGAAUUGAUAGAUAGCAUCAUCACAACUAGCCGAACUUCUUUACAAAUGGGAGAAAAUAAUUUAGAUGAAUAUAAUAAAGAUGGUAUCAGGGAAAUGGCAAUAGACGUAGUGGAGAAGUGGCCUGAAAAUGUUGAUAAUGUACAAACAGAAAAAUUCGAAACUGUUAUAAGUGCAGAUAGUGUGAUUGAAACUAAAGAGACAGAAAAUACUUCUAGUGAAAAACCUGAACCUAUGGUAGUUGAUGUUGUGGCACCUGACGUUGAAAUAACAGAGGUUGUAGCAGCUAAUGAUACAGCAACUGAUGUGGCAGUGUCGGAUGUUGCAGCAACUGAUAUAACACCGGAGGUGGUCGAAGUUGUCGAAGAAAAAGAAACGUUAGAUACAACUGUAGCACCUGCAGAAGAUAGUCAAGUCCCAGAUGAAGCUGUUGUGAAAAGUGAUGCAGUUGUUAAAGUUGAGGAAAAAUAAUUAUUUUGUAUCUCUAGAUUGAAAAUGACGGACGAUUAUAUAAAAAGGUGUAGAAAUAAUCUCGAAAAUUAUAGACCUACGGAAAUACAGAACAUUUUGAAAGUAUUUGGUCUACUGUUAUUUGCUAUAUCAUUAUAAAUACUUAUGGUAGGGAGCCCAAGCGGGGAUUUUUGCAGUUAUUCGAGCGCGUCAAAAAAUCACAUGGGGAGAAAUCUUGUAUCCUGCAAAUGUACCCCUACCAUAUAGUGGCUCCUAACACAGAGGAGUUCGUUAAGGGGGGUCCGAGAAAAAAAUAUAUCCUUAGAAAAAUUCGAAAUCGUCAGGAUAAGGUAAGUUAGGUACAUGCGGAACAGUGUAUAUUUAAAAAAUCUGACGAUUUGAGAGUGGCAUAAGGAGAUGGGCGAGUCACAAAGUUUCACAAAAAAAGCAAAUAUUUUGCGAAAUUAACGUCAGAGCGAAGAACUGAAAAAUACGUGUUUAAUAUUUUUUAAAAAUCUAUCGAAUGGCACCAAACGCGACCCCCACGGAGGUGGGGUGGGGGUUACUUUAAAAUCUUAAAUAGGAGCCCCCAUUUUUUAUUGCAGAUUUGGAUUUCUUACGUAAAAAUAAGUAACUUUAAUUUGAGACAGUUUUUCGAAUUAUGGAUAGAUGGCGCUAUAAUCGGAAAAAACGAUUGGAAAUGGAAAUUAAAUUAAAAAACUGGAAGUCCUCACUAAAAUAAAAAACUUAACUCAACUUUUUUUUUUCUAAUCUUCAUCACCCAAUAGGUCCCCAUAGCGCUCGAGUAACUGCAAAUUUAGCACAUUUGUCUCCCCUGCUAUUAGUUUUUAUAAGUUCUUUAGUUUUCAACGGCGUAACUAGGAUGAUCCUAAGCAGGGGCGUUACACUAAUGGAGUCUCUGGGGGGUAUGGUGUUAAGCGUGUAGAGCUCAAAGUACAUCCCAAUGGGGGGGUUAUAAUCGCCAAAACCCCCUUGGUUACGCCACUGUUAGGUUUUCUAAGGGUAUAUUUAGCUAAAAUAUAUUUAACUUAGCGUUGUCUCUUUCAGUAAUAUGCUAUAUAUUUAUUAUUCAUUCAUUAUAUUAAAUAUGAUAUUUAAUAGGACUCGUAUGGCGUGGAUACGGUAUUUGUUAAUUAUAAUCAAAGGCGUUCGUCUUAAUGGGAUACGGGAUAUUAUUAUUCAGAUUUUUUUGUAUUUAUUUUAAUUCCGCCAUUUUUGCAAACAUUAACAAACAAAUGACAGCUUUUAUGAAAAUUGAAUGAUAUAUUAAACUAACAUCACCAAAUACAAAGUUAAUUUAUAUUCCCCCUUUUAUUUUAAAAUAGUUUUAGCGAUGGACUGAUUAAAAUGACAUUUUAUGCCUCUUGUAUUAUAUUUAUAUGUAAAAUAAAGAAUUAUGUUACUAA